AUCUAGCCAGUUCAAACAGAAACACAUUUGUUCAACAGCUGAAUGACACCUGGUUCAAGGUGUACUCCAGGUCCAAGGGAAGGGCCAUGGAUAGUUCCGGUUUCGAGCAUGUCUUCGUCGGUGAAAUUAAAAGGAGUAAGGUUUCUGGCUUUCACAACUGGGUGCAGUACUACCAAGAAGAAAAGAAAGGUGAAACUGAAUUAUUUUCCGAAAGGGAACGCUGUCAGCCAGUCCCCAUAUUGACCUCGUCCCAUAACUGGCAGGGAGCAUUCAACGCGAUAGGCAGAUGGUACAUGAGGACAAGUCCAGAGUUUGAAAUGGCCAUCUACACAG